UAUCUUUUAACAGGAGCGAAUGCCAAAAAAUCAAAAGGUAUUGUUGUAAUUAACAGUGGCAGCGCCAAGGUCGAAUCUUUAGAGGAUGAUGAGGUCUACAAAAGAUUUCAAGACAUUCCUCGAUUUCUACCCAUUUUACGUCAUUCAAUCGGCAAGAAAAAUAUGUCGCCAGGCGACAAUCAUCACCGAAUGAGCAGCCGACCAUUAUAUCGGAUGGCGUCACGUUUUCAGAACCACUUAAAGUUGUGUGCUAAAGCAGUUGCUUCAGAUCAAAAUGAAAUAGUGACUGCGAUAAAGUCGGUGGAUGCAUCUACUACUGCUGUCUUGAAUGUUUUCUCGGAAAAAAAACGAGCCAUUGACAAUUUUAAUAUGCAACUGGAGAAACUGAACAAACUGUACGAUGACAUGCUUCAUGUCCAGGUAAUGCUUGAGGAAAUCGUCCCAAUGGCGGAGACAUUGAACGAGCUGUUAGUUCCGUCAGAACGUCUUCCACCGUUGUCGUUUAGCAAAGUUCUUGAGCGUACUCCAGUGUCAACGUCGGCAAGUUCGUCUCAGCAAAGUACUCCAAGACAUAUUCCCGGCGGUGGCACUUCCUUACCGGCACCUUCAAUUCGUGAUAAACGUCCUCACAUAGAACCUAUUGAGGAAGUCAAAGUUGUUGACAGGAUGAAGUAG